GCGGCUUCUAUGAUUUGUUGUCAGAAAUCCUGAAACCCUCAGCAACAACGCUCAGGGGAGACUGCAGAAAAUACGUACCUCCUGUUUUCACAAGUUAAGGGAUCAAUUUAUCAAGAGAAUGAAGAUUCUUGUGUGUCUAUUGUUAUGUUUGACAGCUGUCAAAGCAGGCUCUCACUCACUGAUGGUUUUCGCAACAUAUGUGGCAGGACAGACACAGUUCCCUGAGUUCAUUGUUGUGCUCAUGCUGGAUGAUGUGCAAGUGAUGUACUAUGACUCAAUCACAUGGAAAGCAGUCUAUCGCAGUCACAAUAUUUCAAAGUAUAAAGAUGAUGAUCAACAUGACUCUGAUGCUGACAUAUUUAGUGAUAUUUAUGACCUCAUGAAAUAUCGGACAUUUUAUCUUAAGGACCAUCUAAAUCACACAGAUGGUUUACAUGUUUAUCAGAAACGUGUCGGAUGUGAAGUGCUGAGCAAUGACCAGCCAGGUUUAUUUCUUUCAUGGGAUGCUUUCAAUGGACAAAGUACAGAACAGUUUACCUUUGAUGUGGUCAAAAGGACAAUGCAAAUGAACUUGCCAUGGAUAAAAAUAAAGGGAAUGGGACAGAUAGAAUGGCUUCAUGUAAAGUUUCUGUAUGAAAAUAUUUAUCAUCCUGUAUGCAUGAAAACUUUACGGAAGUACCUGGACAAAGAAAAGAGCGUAGUGAUGCGAAGAGUGAAACCCAGAGUCAAACUCUUUAAGAAGACACUUACAGAUUCUCAUGAGGUACAAAUCACCUGCAUGGCAACUGGUUUUUACCCCCGUCAUAUUAACCUGACCAUGUUCAAAGAUGGUCAAUAUGUGGAUGAUCACAAGAUCACAGGAGGAGAGAUUCUCCCUAAUGGAGAUGGAACAUUCCAGAUGAGGAAGAGUCUGAGGAUCAGUGUGGAUGAACUAAAUAAAGGGCAUUACUACAACUGCACGGCAAUCCACCUGGACAACAAGCUGUACAUUACGUUUGAUUCAGAUCUGGAAAAAUUGGACAUGGGAUCAUCCUCACUGUCUAUAGUCAUCUGUGUGAUGGUGUUACUGUGUGUGGCUGUUCUCAUCCUAACUGCACUCAUCAAAUGGAGGAAGAGGACUACUGCUGGCUCUAGUACAUCACUUCAGAGUGAAUAUUCACCAACAACAACUUCAGAGCAAGAUGCAAAGUGAAAGAUGAGUUCAUGAAUGAUCUCCUGCUAUUACUGCUCCUUCUCAUUCCAGCUUUUCUAGCAGUAUUGUAAUGCUGCAAUAACAACCAUCCAAAGAUGUGUAUUUGAUUAAAAUCCUAGAAAUAAAGUAUUAUUAUAUUAUAAUUAGGCCUUUUGAUGUUUUCAGACUACAUUGUGCUAUGUGAAUGAUGUUGCCUGUAGACAAUUGCAGACAAUAAUUUUAUUAGAUUGUUAACUUAUGGAUGUCAUAAUUGUCUAAUGUAGCACUCUCACUGCUGUAUUUGCACUAUUUAAAAAUUUCCUCAAAACAUCUUGGCAUCAGUAGCUCGUUCUCAAUCACAAUUUCAAGCUCGAUUACACUUCCUAGUAUCAUAUAGCACCAGGAAGUGUAAUCAAGCUUGAAAUCAUGAUCGUUCCAAGAGACUACUCACAAUUUAUAUAUUUGAUUCAAAAACAAUCUUAAACCAUCCAGCUGUCCAGGACCUCAAACUGAUGCUGUAGAUGAAGGUUGACCCUUGUCAUUACAGCAGCGAAAUACAUUCAAUUUCAAUAGCGGUUAAAUGAGUAGUAUCAAAAGUGAUGAAAGUUUGUAACCUUUAAUCAAGACUUGUGAGAGCUGAUGGCUUAUAAUGACCCAGGUUUAAGUCUGACCUGUGUCAUGUCUGGACCUCACUCCCCCCUCUCUCGUCUCAACGCGACUUUCCUGUCAACAAUCUGCUUUCCUUUAAAAUAAUAGCAAUAAGCUCACUGUUCUUUCCACAACAGCAACCUAUGUACAUGCUUUAAUAUUUGAACAUUUUAUAUGCUGGAGAGUUUUUCAUUUUUAUAGAAUUGUGCAUUUUAUAUUAAUCUGCACUUUAGGGAAGAUGAUUGUAAAACAGAUGUGUAGAAGAGGGCUUUAAAGGAGAACUGAAUAGUUUUGUUAGUUUUUGAAUGACGAACAUCUGAGAAGUGGUUAUGUUCGCUAUAUGAAUGAUUCAAGUUUAACUCUGCUGAUUGUGAUGCAACAUGGUAGUGAGACUGGGCUAUUCACAUCACAAAUCAUAUUUACAUAUUUUUUUUUCUAUUGACUCUUAAUUGAAUCUGUAAACAUAGAUGUGAAAUAGAAUAGUGAUGUAAUAGUUAUACAUAUUGUAGUACUGUAUACCACAAACGUGAACAAGUACAAUAAAAUGUUGUUUUUGUCCAUUUUAAUUUUCUGU